CCGUGCCCCGCCGCGCCCCCACCCCCAGCGGAGCCGUCAUGUGGCAGGAGGCCCGCAAACACGAGCGCAAGCUCCGUGGCAUGAUGGGCUACAAACGCCGAGGCGAACGCCGACGAUACUACGAGAAAAUAAAAAAAGAUCCUGCCCAGUUUCUCCAAGUUCACGGCCGAGCCUACAAGAUCCAUCUGGAUCCUGCAGUGGCGCUGGCUGCAGAGAGUCCCGUCAACAUGAUGCCUGGGCAGGGAGAUGCCAACAACAUGAUCGACAGAUUUGACGUCAGGGCUCACCUGGACUACAUCCCCACCUACACGCCUCCCCUUCUUACCACAUCCACUGCAGAGCAGGAGAUGGAGGAGAAGUGUAAUUACGAGCGUUACAGAGGCCUGGUGCAGAAUGACUUUGCCAACAUCUCCGAGGAGCAGUGUUUAUACCAGAUCUACCUGGAUGAGCUCUACGGCGGCCUGCCCAAACCCAACGAGGAUGAGAAGAAAAAACUGGCGGAGAAGAAAGCCACGAUUGGUUACACGUAUGAAGACAGCACGGUGACAGAGCCGGACGCUCUGUCAGACAAAGACGAAGACAACUCGGAAAACAGCGAGUCUGAAGAGGACGAGGGCAUCCCCGAUAUCGACGUGGAGGUCGACGUCGACGAGCUGAACCAAGAGCAGGUUCUGGAUCUCAAUAAAAUAGCGACUCCGUAUGGAAUGGCUGAUGGAGACUUUGUCAGGAUGUUGAGAAAGGAUAAAGAAGAGGUGGAGGCCAUUAAGCAUGCCAAAGCUCUGGAGGCGGAGAAAGCCAUGUACUCUGGCCGCCGCUCCCGCAGACAGAGGAGAGAGUUCAGAGAGAAGCGGCUAAAAGGAAGACAGAUCAGCCCACCCAGCUAUGCCAGAAGAAGAGACAGUCCCACAUACGAUCCCUAUAAACGGCCAGAGUCAGAGUCCAGCUCUGAGUCGCGGUCACGCUCUCGUACUCCCGGCCCGGAGAAGAUCACCUUCAUCACCAGCUUUGGAGGCAGCGACGACGAGGCGGCGGCGGCGGCUGCGGCGGCAGCACAGGCAGCCGCUCCCCACUCUGGCCACGCCCCCUCCACCUUGCAGCACUCUGCAGGUCAUAGCAGGGGCUCCGGUCGGAGACGAAGGUCGUCUUCCAGCCGCUCCCCUUCCUCCUCCUCCUCCUCCUCCUCCUCCUCCUCCCGUUCACGUCGCUCCUCGUCUCGGUCCUCCUCCCGCUCGUCCUCCCAUUCACGGCGGGGACGGCGAGCGAGGGACGGGCGCCGCUCCCGGAGUCGCUCCCGGUCCAGGCGGCGCUCCAGAUCCUACUCCAGAGGCAGAGGGGUAGGAGGAUCCGGGUCGUGGAGGCGGCGCGAGCAGACCCGAUCGCGGUCCAAUAACAGAGACCGGGACAGGAGGCGAUACUCGGCGCGAGAAGAUCCAGGUCAGAUCGAGCUCCUCCAGCCUCACAGCGACAUUAAAACGUGGCUGAACAGGACCGCGUCUCCCGCCAGGUCCCGCUCCACCUCUCGGCAGGGAGGCAGCUCGAGACGGGGGUCGAAGCAGCGGGGACACCGGCGGGGAGACAGCGUCAGCAGAAGUCCCUCUCGGUCGCCCAGCCGUCCUCGCCACAGUCUGUCCCCUGCUCACAGAGGGGCCCAGCCUGCUGCUAUCAGCGUCUCUGACAAGCUAAGAAAGUAAGAGAAGAGAACUCAGGAAGAAGACGGAGCUGCCAAACCCAAGAUGACUCCUCAGGAGCGGCUGAAGCUGCGAAUGCAGGCGCUCAACAAGCAGUCCAAGGCGGAUAAAAAAGCCGCGCAGGUGAAGAUCCAGCAGCAGGAGCAUAAACGACAGGAGCGGGAAGGCGAGCUGCGAGCCAUGGCCCGCAAGAUUCGCAUGAAGAGCGGGGAGCGCCGUGAGAAAGAAAGGGAUGAAUGGGAACGGCAGUACGGCCGGCAGAGCCACUCACCUUCUCCUUCCAAAUACGGCCGCGAGCACAACUCAUACAGGAGGAGGUCUCGGUCUAGGUCUCGUUCGCGGAGUCCAUAUUACAGAUACUGAAACUCCAAGCGGUUCACGCAGACUCAGAACAAUAGCUCCUCUUUUGACAGACAUCACAUCACGUCGACGUGACGGCCGCAGUAAACCUGCACCCGAUGCUGUUCAUGUAUAGACUGAUGCGUUAACUCGUCCCGGCUGACUGCUUCAGCCCGCAUGGGUCUGAUCUGCUCUCCUCUUCUGCUACAUUUCGUGAAGACAGGCUUUUUGGUUUCCUCACUUCUGCAUGCUCCCUUCUUUAUUUUUCUCAUGAUUCCCUCAACGCUCAUCCCCGAGGUUUUAACCUUGUAUCUCCCUGGUGUUGUGCUUUGCUUUGCUUUCAUUAGCAGGAGCUCCUCACACUAAAAGGACCGCGUUCACUCAUGAACGCAUGUACAGAAUAUUUAUACACAUCCAUUUGAAUCGUCUUUAUGAACCCAGAUGAAGUCAAAGUUUAUGCAUUUAUUAAACUAUUGAUUGCUCUUUUUGUACUCUGUCCUCAACCAGCCGGAUAACAGCAAACUGUUUUUUUUGUUCUCAGUAAUGUGAAAUGUUAAAUACAAAA